AUGUAUCGAGCAGUGUUCGUCGGAAAUCUUAGCUUGAAUACCAGAAAAUUAUCUUAUUCAGCAUUAUUGAGAAAAUCGAAACCAACUUGGGAAGGUGUUUUCAAUUUAAGGACUAACCAGUCACACGCAAUAAGAAUAUGCAAAGAGAUGCUUCGAAAAGACAUCGAGCUACAGAGACUCCCGAAACCCCAUUCACAGUCAGGUAAACUGCUAAAUAUACUUAUGAAGGAUGCUCAUUUAGGACAAAAUAUAAAAAGUUUUGGUCAACUCAAGAGACUCUAUGGCUUGAUCUUGAGAAGAAAGAUCACUGAUGCACAGAUUUAUUCAGCAAUUCGUUCGAUUUCAGAGCUAAAUAUGAUCAAUGUCUUACAGCCAAAGAAAUUGACUGCAGAAAACUCCUUGCCAAGAUCCGUCGAUGAUGUACAAGAAGAACUACUUAAGAUCACACCGCAAAAAUCUGACAUGUUCAACAGAAUUCUACAUCGAAUUGAGAUUGAAGGGACUGAAAGCAAACAUGUGAAUAAAAUGACGACUUCGAGCAGUCACAGCGACCAAAACCUGUUAAAUUCACAGGAGAAAAUGCAUAUCAAUCCAUUGGGCACUGUCUCAGAAACAACUAGAAAUCAAAAUUCUGACACUGCAUAUCGCGUGGCGAAGAAUACUAGGCGGUAUAUAUGGCCCCAAAAUGAGGAACCCAGCCUUUCCAUUUCGGCGAGAAUUUUAUUCAAUGAUAAUUCGACCUUAAAGCCGCUGAGAUUCCUGAGGCUGAGUGAACUAUUCAAAAAAUCAGAUGUAGCUGUACCUGCAUCACAUCUUCUAGAAGGAGCAUAUUCAAAACACACACAACUGCUCUUUUAUGACAUUAUUGAAAGAAAAUCUCAAAUUACAUCCUGGGAGUCUCAAAAAGGCAAACUGCAUAUUGAUUACAAAGACCUAUUUAGCAUUAUCAAUGGAAGUGGAACAUCACCUGAACAAAUAUUAGAUGUCAUAAACGCCUUUGAAGCCAAGGGUUGGGAGCUCGUAGGAAAAAUCGAGCAAGGAAGUCAGGUAAUCUUGUUUAGAAGGGAAGAAUCAAGUGAAGAGAAAGAUAAAGUUAAUGAAGGCCCAAAGAUACCGAGAAAGGUACUAUUGGCAUUAUCAGGAGUUACUAUUAUUUCCUUAAUCACGGGUGUGUCACUAUUCGGACACAUAUAA